AUGGAAGCGGAUGAAUAUUUUACUACGUACGAUGCGCUUAAAGAUCAGCAAAAGAAAGAGCACGCUGUGCGAAGGCAGCUGCCCCUUAAAACAAGUGAAAAUUGCGGAAUUAUGAAGAUUGUUUGGUCGCAAUUCGAUUUUAUGACUGGACCUGAAUUGAAAUUUGUUUGGGAUGUAACACCUUCCACUUCUAUAUCACCUGUCAACCUUUCUGGAGAAGAUGGAUCAAUUGCAGACGGAGAAAGUUUAAUGGAUUCAUCUGGAUCGAACCAAUCAGUUUCCUUUGAGGAAAUCGACGAUCCAUUAAAAAUCGAAUUAACAAUUCUCGAUGGAUUAGACGCCAAUCUAGUGGAUUCAUUCAAUGCACUCGAUAUGAUGAAUGCUGGUGAUUAUAAAUACAAAACUAUGAAAUAUCUAGAUGAAUAUAUGACGGAUAGUGCAACAACGAGUACAAAAACGUUGACGAUGGAUGAUUCUCGAAUAACUGACAGUCCUGAAAGUAGCGGGAAAUCAUUGAGAGACGAAGGACUUGAUCAUUGUUGUGAGGGAAAGUUUUUGGAAGAUGAUAAACUUGGAACCAGUUUUACUCUCGCCUCACCCUCUCCUAACGAUACUGGUCACCUCGGGAAGUUAUUAGCGAGUAAAUAUCCGAAUGAAGAAGAUAGAGAACUCGCAGAGUAUUUGAGAGACAAGAUUGCAUCAACUUCUACAGCGAUCCCAACAAAUGAAUGUGUUGCACAUUUGACAGAACACUACGAAUUGGAUCGAUUAUCACCAAUCACUAAUGAUGACGAACUUCGUCGAUCUUGCGUUGAUUCUGGUGUCGGGGUUUCAACACACAGUGAUCUCUCAGCAAUGUGUCAAAGUCCGCAGAGUGGAAACUCAACGAGAAGAUUCGAAGAUGCAUUUGGAAUGAUGACAUCCACUCCGAACCCGAACGUUUUUAAGUUUAGAGACGAGAGAGAACAGACGAAUACUCCACCACCGAGAGAUAUUUUCGACUUUUUUGAUGAUCAAAUUGAUUUCGGAGAAACUUAUGUAACAGAUGAAGCUUUUGUGGCAAAGUGUGUUCUGGCAGAGUUGAUUUGCAACGCUCCUCAUUCCCGAUGCCCUCUACAGCAUAAAUUGAUCGUCUCGCCAUCUCGUCAUCUUCUUGUUGCCGCUUUCAUUUUUUCUGCUCAGACUCGAACAGGAUCAACAAUCACUUAUGCCAUCUCGUUUCUCAUGUCUCAUUUAAAACAAGAAUGGUAUCUGGAUAGGCAUUCUUGGUUCGAGAGGAUGGUUGGAGAUUCAGUUCCAAAAAUGAAAGCUUCGUUAUUUUCUGAAGAUUCUGAUGAUGUACUUGUUAGAGUCACCUCUGAAUUAUCUCGCCUUCUUUCACUUCUUUCUGCAUUGGAACGAUUUCCUCUCGUAUCUCAAGACAGGCCUUUAAUGAUCAAAAACACGUUGUUCGCCGAUAAAGGAACAUCUUUAUCUGAAAACCGAAUUCUCGCCAAAGCGAUUUCCGGUUGUUUGCAAAGUCAAGGGCAUACUGUUAUCAUCGGAUCCGAUCAUGUUCUCGUAGCGAGACUUCUGUACACUCUUGCAUUUUUUGUUCCCGAAGCUCAUCAAUGGUGUUGUCUACGUCCGUAUCGUCACAAGUACAAUCCGUAUUUGAGGUUGCAGGGUGUCAGAAGAGCCGAACUUCCAUCAGUAAUAAUGAGUGGAACAUCUAGCCCAUGGCCCAUUUGUAUCAUUGACCUGGAUCGAUCGGCAGUUUGUAUGUCAGCCUCAUAUCAAAAACAUCGAGUAUUGAGGGCACGAAAUGAUUCUCGAGGAGUUCGUUUGAUUCUUGAACAUGCUGGAGUCAUGACGUCGAAAAAUACAAAAGUUCCACAAAUAGAACUUUCUCCAUGCCGAACACUGGAAUGUGUUAACUCGUUCCUCAAACAAAUCGAUAUGUUACCAAUGGAGGAAUCUGUGCGAGCUGGAUUCUGUUCUCAACUGAUGCUCUAUUUCGAUAAUCUAUCAGCCGCAUUUAUCGCUUUCGUUCGAGAUGCCAGUCGUCCCGGAGUAGAUGAAAAGGAAUGCGGAACACGAUCAAAGUCUUUCAGUUUAUCGGAAUGUCGAAAAUCACUUGACCUCACUAAUGAUGCACUCUUCAAUGCUGUAUUGGCACGAGCUGAAUUACUUCAACCCGAUAUUUCUGAAUUCAUUUACAUGUAG